CUUCAACAAUCGCUCCUUUGUUUGUUCAUGCGCAUAGAAUUUGUUUCUUGCUAUGUCGAAUCAGUUGUUUUCUUGAUUCUUUUAUCUGUUUUGUCCCUUUAAUUUCAUUAUUCGUGUGCGGUUGUCAAGUUUCUGUUUUUAGGCCUAAUACCAGUGUUUCAGACAGCACUUCCAUGUUGAGUAAUACGAAACCGAUAAUGUUGUGAUUGAGGCUUUUGGAAUUUUAUUUGUUUUAGAAUCUUCGUUAACACAGCAGGUUAAAGAUGUUGCAGAGAAGUAAAGAUUGUAAUUGACCGAUCCAUGCUGCAAGUGUAAUCAGGCAAUUAUAUUGCGGUUAAAAGCCUUAUUUUCAUAUUCCUUGAGUGGCGGGUGAAUUGGUAGAGCAUAUAUCUGCAGAACUUGAGGGUGCUGUAAUUUAUUUAGAUGCUGGAUGUACAGAAAGUUUCAAGUUUCUUGGGGCAUUCCCUGUUUUAUUGGAGAUGGGUGGACUUGCCGUUUGCAGCUUGGAGAGCAUGUCUUCUCUUGAAAUGGUGAUUGAUUGGAAUCGGAAGAGUGAUGACCGGAUGAAAGUUGUAUUCUUCACUUGCCGGCUUUUGAGUGAUGCACAUCGAUACAUUUUACGCUGUCUGAUCACACUUCAACGAGUUUCCCAGUGCACUAUAUAUACAUCUAUUUCAGAGAUAGGUCAGUCAGCCUAUCCUGAUUCACCUCUGGGACCAGAUGCUUAUCAUGAAUAUCAAUCCUUACUUGUCCAAGAUUAUGAGGAGCUCAUGAAGAAAAAUGAUUCAAACUCUAUAAACACAAAUAAUAAGGAUAUUAACGAGAACCCCAUUCUUGAAGAUGAGGGGUGGUUGCAGCUUACCCCCCGUGAAAAGGAUAUUACCAAGUCCCCAACUUUUUCCAGUACAAAAGAUAUAUAUGAUGAUCGGAUAGACAAUGCAGAAGAUGUAGGACAUAAACUGAUUGCUUAUGUGCAUCACUUCCCUUUGAUACUAUGCCCUUUUUCACCAAAGUUCUUUGUGUUGCCUUCUGAAGGAUCAAUUGCUGAGGCAUAUAUAUCAGCUGAGCAAGAAAAUUCAGUUAGCUCUGGGUUGCCUCCAUUAAGUACUGGGACAUUUCAUGAUGGCGAGGAUGUCCCUGCUGGAGUUGCUCUUACAGCACAAUUUCUUUAUCAUCUGACGACAAAGAUGGACCUGAAACUUGAAAUAUUUUCACUUGGUGAUUUAUCAAGAACUAUCGGGAAGCUCAUCACAGAUAUGUCCAGUCUUUACGACGUUGGUCGUCGUAAACGAUCUGCCGGGCUGUUGCUGAUUGACCGCACCGCUGAUCUUCUUACUCCAUGUUGUCAUGGAGACUCCCUUGUUGAUAGGAUCUUUUCGUCCGUUCCUCGUAGGGCACGAACAUCAUCUGGUCUGGCAAAGGGCUCACAAACCCAACUAGGACAUAGGCCGGCGAAUGUAUUGCGUGCUCCACUCGAUGUUCAGAUACCGUUAUCCGAUGUUCUUAGAGGAGUCCCAACGAAGAAUGUUCAGCUGUUAGAAACAAUUGAAGCGUUUUUACAGGGGUGGAAUUCUACUAAUUCAGCUACACAAAUAAAUACAUUGGUUAGUCUUAAAGAUAAACUUCAUGGUGAGAAUUGUUUUUCUUCAGAAAGUGAGCUGCUUAGUGGGUCCUUGGUCUCCACUGAAAGCUUUCGCAUGACAUCAUAUCUGGAAUCCAUUCUAGAUAGAAGAACAAAAGAUGGAACUCUAUUGAUCAAGAAGUGGCUUCAAGAAGCAUUGCGUAAAGAAAAAAUCUCUGUGAAUCCAAAACUUCAACCUGGAUUUGAGUUACAACUUAUGAUUAGAGCUCUUGCUAAAGAUCAAUCAUCAUUUGUGCGAAAUAAAGGAAUCAUACAGCUUGCAGCAGCAGCUUCAUAUGCUAUGAGCGAAGAAUGUCGUGCUAAAUGGGAUUCGUUUAUCAGCACUGAGAAAAUACUGAACAUAAGUGCUGGAGACACGAGCCAAAACCUUUCGUCACAAAUGUGUGAUAUUAUCAACAAAAGCACCUUGAUGCAAUCACAAGGCCAGAGGACUGGAGAAGCUCAGGGGCUAUUUUCAGUUGAAGAUGCUUUGCUGUUAACAGUAACAGGAUUUAUAUUGGCUGGUGAGAAUUUCCCAACUUCAGGUUCAGCUGGACCUUUUUCUUGGCAAGAGGAGCAUUUUCUGAAAGAAGCUAUCGUGGAUGCAAUUCUUGAAAACCCAGAACUAGCAAAACUGAAGUUUCUCCAUGGUCUAUAUGAUGAUCUUGAAGCUAACCUGAAAAAGAAAAGAGGUGGGGAAACUAAAGAAGAGCCCUCGAAGAGUGAUGAUGAUUUUGAAGAUGAUCAGUGGGGUAGUUGGGGUGAAGAAGAUGCUGAUACAAAUAGCACAAGUAAUGAGCAUGUCUAUAGUGACAUGCAACUGAAACUAGAGUUACGGGAUAGAGUUGAUAACCUUUUUAAGUUCCUUCACAAACUAAUCAACGUAAAUGGGAACAAGGGGCUGAGAGAAGCGACACUGAAUUGGGAAAAUAACAUCGUUGAUGAUCCCUAUUCUAGAAAGGGAUUACUGUAUAAACUUGUAACAAGAAUACUGAGCAAGUACGAUGUACCUGGUUUAGAAUAUCAUUCAUCUACUGUUGGUCGGCUAUUCAAAAGUGGGUUUGGCAGGUUUGGAUUGGGACAGGCAAAACCAAGUCUUUCAGAUCAAAAUAUCAUACUGGUUUUUGUUGUGGGAGGCAUGAAUGCCAUUGAGGUACACGAAGCUCAGGAGGCGUUAUCUGAAAGUGGCCGACUCGAUAUAGAACUCGUUUUUGGUGGAACAACGUUUUUAACUCCUGAGAGCAUGUUUGAUCUACUUUUGGGCGACUCUAGCUACAUUUGAUAUAUAUGACCAUAUUUUUUUCUCUUCCUGUUGCUAAAAUUAGAAAUAAAAUCUAAUGUAUAUCUGAAUUUCAUGGAGGAUUUACUGUGGUCGAUUGGUUUGAUUUAGUUUGGGGUGCACCAACAAUAGUUGGAA